AUGACAUUAGCAAAACUCAGCAUUUUGUCCAGAAUAGCCUCUUACGUCCUACUCGCCCUCUCAAGCAACACAUGGAUGUCUUCCUCGUUGCUGUAGUCGGCGCUCCAUCUGGUAUCAGCCAAGCAGUGAUUCGUUCUUUGUCUUCUGCCAUCAUAGGAGCUGAUGAACAAGGUGCCAUGUUCUCCUUCGCGGCCUCAGUGGAAGCGACCUGCAUCCUUAUUGCUGCUACGAUCUUUAACGGGCUGUACCCCCUGACCCUGCCUACCUUCCCCGGGAUGCCCUUCAUCAUCAUGGCAGUCUUCACGCUCAUCGUGCUCAGUCUCUUGCAGUGGAUUAGUGAGAUGCCCGCCACUCAUCCUCGCCUUGUGCUUUCAGACUGAAUCUCCUCCUUCUGGGUUAUUCUUUCA